UCAGGUAAAAGUACGGCUGUUGCGUCUAUCGCAAAGCGAUUGGGAUCCGAGCCCUUCAACCUUAACGUCAUCACCAUGUCCCUCGAUGAUUUUUAUCUCACCCAUGCAGACCAGAACGCACUCGAAGCUCGCUAUCCUGAAAACCCAAUACUUCGAGGACGUGGUCCGCCAGGAACUCACGAUAUGAAACUUGCUACCGAUGUCUUCAACGUGCUUUCAGAUAUCAACUCGCAUUCCGAAAAAAUUGUACGCAUUCCCAGAUACGAUAAAUCUGCAUUCGGUGGUAAAGGCGAUCGAAGCAAUGUUGAAACAAUUGAGCUUGGUUCUACCCUGCAUCUUGUCAUUCUCGAAGGCUGGAUGGUUGGUUUCCAAUCGCGUCCCGAACACGAUUUCAGGAAUCAAUACUCACAGACCUUAACUCCAAAGACUUAUAUCAUUGGUCAUAAGUAUGAGGAUCUUGUACAAGUCAAUGAACUUUUGCAGCCCUACCAGAAAAGUCUCUGGUCUAAGCUUGAUCUCUUGAUCAAGAUCAUACCAAUGGAUUACGAUUGGGUAUAUAAAUGGCGAUUAGAGCAAGAACAUCGCAUGAAAGCUCUCAACGGCGGUUUUGGAAUGUCAGACUGCCAAGUGCACAAGUUCAUUGAUCGGUACAUGCCAUUCUACGAAUUUUACAAGGAAAGAGUCACAAUCCGUCACAAUCCUCCCUCUCCGCUCAAUGGAAUGAGAAUCUUUGUGAACGAAUCAAGAGUGCCAGUUGAGAUAAGCCCAUUCUCUAUCGAUGAAGAAGCAAAACGUUACGAUUUACCAAUGGCCACAUGUUAUGAUUUUUGA